UACGUAAUCAAAACUUAUCGCUCGGAAACCUAGACCAGAGCCACUAGUUUAGGUCUAUAUCGCCAUGCCAUAAACCAUCAAACUACUUCUGAAUUAAUUCGUCGAGGGAGAGUUCAACAGAAUCGCAACACAUUGAGAUAGUCCUCUCUUCCUGGGUGAUCCGGUGGAGACCUACCACCUAACCCCUUGCGGAAAGUCGAGAUGCCCGUGUACCGAGCACUGCUGGGCGCUGGCAUCCUGGGUGAGGAUGGCGAUGAUGAAGAUGACACAGAUAAGGAACUCCUGUCCUUCUUGCCCGACCUGGACGAGAGGCGGUGGCGCCGUGAGCAGAUCAACAAGAUCAGAGACUUCCUGAACUCAGCUGUGGCGAGGGAGACAGACCUCACGCUACUACUGGACUGGCUCACCGAAGCACAGGAGUCACUACAGACGUUUGAGAACGAGCGAGCUACAAAGAAAGAGGGGAACGAGCAGGAACAGGAGGAGGUUACAUCAGAAUGGAUCGAAGACAUACAGAGAAAGUUGGAGGCGUCCAUCAAUGAUACGGACGGCUGCAUUCACCGCCUACGCGGCCUCUGCCAAGGCCUCUUUGAUUGCGACGUGAAAAAAAAGACCAAGAAGGAGGAAGCUGCUCUGAAUAAGGGUGUGUGGCGCUGGUGGAGGGAGCAGAAGGUGGAUGCACGGACCAUCAAACGAAUCCAGGAGCUCCAGCCUCCUGCUGCAGACGUAUUUCUAUCGGACGUGAACCUGGCCACCAAGUCUGGCACGGAGCUGUCCUUCAUGCUCUUAGACGUAGCCAAGGCACUAGGCUGCAACAAGGCAAUGAGUCUGGCCUUUAAGUUCGAAACGGUAGGGCUGCAGAACCUUAACCAAGCAUUCCAGGAGCGCACCAAGGAAGCCAGGAAGCUUCUGGCACAGGUGGAGGAGCUGCAGUCUAUGGACUGUCGCUUCCAGCUGGCCCAGAUAAAGAUCCAAGUGGGAGACAGUCAGAUCAAGAUGACCAAGAUGGAGGAUGAGCUUUCGUCAGUCAAGGAGCAGAACAAUAUUCUACUGUUCCAGAUCCAACAGAAGCAGGAGACCCCGAAACAGCCGAUAGUGGUCGUUGCUCCCACAAAAUACGUACAGGGAGCGCCAGUUCUCAACAAUCAGCUGGUUCCGCAACCAACUCCCAAGCUUAAGUACUCCAAACGGAUGCCGAAACCAAAGCCGGAGCCAGGCCAGCCUGUUGGCGAAGAAGUGGAAGAAGUGGAGUCUCUGGAAGACAUCUCAGUGGAUCCAGAAGACAUCAUCGAGCAGGUGGAGAGGAAGAGCAUGGAUCUUCUGGAGGCCAUCCAGAAUUCUGAGCAGUGUGUGGUGUCAAUUUCUGGUGACAAGGACAAGGGGAAAGAUGGUGAGCUGUUAGAAGGGAUGGAUGUCGCCAGCAGAAAAGCCAAGGCAGCUGAUAUCAUCAAGCUGUACCGCGAUCUACAGAGGUCCAUCAGAGACUCUUUUAAUGACAUGAUCACGCAGCUACAGGGGAAGUUUGACGAUGACAUCAUAGACGCGCCGCUCAUGGACAACGACAACAAACUGGACGAAUCAGCGUUCUGGGACUCAACCCAGAGAACCCCAGAAGACACGCUGAAGGAGAUACAGAACCAGGACCGCACGGUGAAGGAUGUGGGAGCAAACAAACCAGCGCUCUUUGACUUGGAAGGUAAGAAGACUUUGUCAAACGUCAAGGGAAAGAGUCGUCACCACUCCCUGAACAUCAUCAUGGACCAGUUCAAGAACCUCAACGAGAUGGGCAAGAAGCAGGUGGCAGAGAAGCAGAGGAGACCCAGAAGAUGUUCUAUCCUCGUGCAGAAGACCCAGAAACACAUCCCCGUGAAGAUGGCCGAGUCCAGGUCGUGGACAGACCAUGUGGAACGCUACAGCUCAGACAUGACGUUGGAGGCAGACACGUUGAUGAAGACUCGCAUGGUGGGAGUGAACCACAUCUUCCACGUGCAAUCCCAGAGGUCCAACUUGAAGCUGCUGCACCAGGCUGUGGUGAACAGGCAUAUCUCCCCACAGCUCUACCGCAUGCUGAAGGACAUAAUCAUCCAGACACUGAGCUGUGUGGAGAACAGACUACUCUGUCUUAUCAGGAGGUUCAUAAAGCACAAAGCUCUGCAGCACGUCAGAAACAAUCUGAAUGCUAGACUGCUCUUGGCGCGUGACAUGAGCGAUGGACAGGCGGCCAAGGACUUGUACAAGUCCCUAGAAAGACUGGACGUGCACCAAUCUGCUAUGACGAGGCAUUGGUCUGAGAAGCAAACUUCCAUUGAACUGACACGGACCAGAUGCCUGGCGCACAUGCUCUACCUCUUCAGUCAGCUGAGAGUGGACUACAACUUGCAUCUGGCCGCUCCAGUCCCAUGCAACACCAGCCAGGAUCUGCCCCAUCCCAUCAUGACGGUGGUGCCUACCAAACUACAGUGGUCUCUGAGGCCCAGUCCCAGCUCCAAUCUUCCAUCAUCCCUGUCACUGGAACGUCUAGCCCCAUCUUCACCAUCCACACACCUAUACCCACCUACACACCUCGCUUCGCCUGCACAACCACACCCGUCGUCAUUGGCACACCAUCCCCCAUCUUCCCAGGUGCACUUACCCCCACCAUUACCUGAGACAUACCCAUGGAGCAGUGUUCACAGCGAAAAAGAUCAAGGCAAGAUGAAGACUCUGUGGCAGGCAGACAAGACGAUGCGCUGCAUGUGGCUGGCCAGGAAGAUCCCAGCCGGGACCUCUAACAUCCGCUGUAUCCCACGUCUGCUGGAGAUGGACGUCAACCGAGGAAGAGUCAACGCAAUGCGCACCCUGCACGCUAGGAUGACUGGAGUGCUGAAUCAGAUGUUUGUGGAUGGAGAAGAUGAGGACAGUGAUGUGGAGUAGAUGUUUCACCCGCUAGAUGAAUAAAUCACUGUAUCACCA